AAAAGUUUAAAGCCUCCAAUUCAAAGGUCUGCGAUCUGCGAUUGCCUCUAUAUUCAUGAUACAUCUACCUCGAACUACGUAGCUGCAUUCUUGAAUCCUCCGUAGAUAACAUCUAUAUUUUGAUUUCACGUGUUAUUGUGUGUUACAUUCGCACUUCGCAAAAUAUCGCUCCUAUUGACUUCUAUUGACCGUGACUAAUAUUUUUGUUAGACGAGACAAGACGAGGAUUACUCGAUAAAGUUGUUAAUUAUACCGGUUUUCGAUCAGUUUGUGGUUUUUCAGGUAAAACGGAAUUUAUAAUAAAUUAUUCACGCACUUCAGUUUAAUCAUUCACGGUUCUCUUUCUGCUAUACAUUUCUACAUUUCGCCGUGUGCAGAGUGGUCCUCACUGUAAGACCAUUUGGUUUGCAUUAAAAGUUCGUAACUCUUGCUGGUUUAUAGUGUGCUGUUGUCAUGUUAUUUUAAUUCUUGAUUGAACUUUAGAAAAUGCCAAAACGUGCUUGUCCUUUUGAAGGCAACUUGUUGCCGCACAUGAAAGUGCACAUAGGAGAGAAGCAGGUAGAUAACGGUGUGUCAAGCGAUCAGCGGAUGAAGCAUGUCUACGAUAAAACCCUGAAUUUAUUAAGGGCAGGUGCAAAGGCAUUUGCCCACAAGUUAAACACGUCCGUGCAAAUGGAUUCUGUAGAUCUGCUUUCUCCACAACAUUCGCCUUGUAUAUUCAAAUCUACCUCCAAUCUGAAACAAAUGUUAUUGACUGACAAAUUGCAAUUGAAAACUAGCGACAAAGUUGUCAAUGAUAUUCGGGUAGAUCUCUGUGGAUGCUGCCGGUUGAUAGAUCGAUCUACGAUAAGCGCGUGUUAUUACUGUGAUCAGGCACUAUGUUCCUCUUGUCAAUUGAUGUGUGCCAACUGUUCAGAAUUGUUCUGUCAGAACUGUUCUCUACCUAUAUAUAACCAUGAUGAGCAAAUUAUGUGUCUUAAUUGUUAUCGAUAGCUGUCGAAAAGAAAAUUUUUACACAAAGGUCCCUUUUCUGAAAAUUGAUAUUUACGAUUUAAUUAGUGUUCUAUUGUGAUAUUAUGUGCAUAUAAAUUAUAUAAUACUGCUGUACAUACAAUAUUAAAAUCAUGACAAAGC